CUUUUUUUUUUCACUCGCUCGCUCCCUUACUGUAGUAGUCGGUAGAGACAGCUCAAAGUUCAGCUCCGACAGUGGUGCAGUAUUUUGAUGAGUGUUUUUCAGCUACUAAAUGACGCCGAUAUCUCCUUAGACGUGACAUCUGCCCACGGAGCAGCGUUCACGUGACCCACAAACUGCGUCGUUUGUGGUGGAGCUGACGGUCUCUUCAUGUGAAUGUGGAGUUUUCCCACUGACGCUGGGAUGAUGGACAAAAGACGCACUGAGGUUUGGAUUGGAACAGACCCCGGUCCUUCUCUCCUUCCCUGAACCCUGAGGCCUCCCCCGCCCCCUCCACCUCCUGACUACACCCACACAGGCUACCUCCUCAUCUCAGCUGUGUGACUUUUUUCCAUAUCGGCUGAAUUCCCACAGUCCUUUAAUAAAAUCCAAGAUCCCAGGCAGGCGUCCACGUACCUCAUGUCUCGGUGACGGGCCGACAGAAUCCCAGGAACCAUGAGGAGCAGCCGGUCCAGUCUGCUGCUGGGCUGCAUUCUCCUGUGCUCCGCCUCACUGCUCUACCUGGGCAUGAGCGGGACGGGGUGCCCUCCAAAGAGUCAUCGGCACCGGUGGAUGGAACUCAACCUGGGCGCGGCCAAUCAGAGCCUGGCCCUUCCGGAACAGUUCCCCGAAGACACGGCGCUGAUCUUCAUCGGGGGCUUCCCCAGGAGCGGCACCACGCUGAUGCGCGUCAUGCUGGACGCCCACAAUGCGGUACGCUGCGGGGAGGAGACUCGCGUGAUCCCCCGCCUGCUGGCCAUGCGGGCCACCUGGAGUCGCUCCGCGAAGGAGAGGAUACGAUUGGACGAGGCAGGCGUGACAGACCAAGUGUUGGAUUCAGCUGUGCGAGCGUUUUUGUUAGAGGUUAUCGUCGGCCAUGGAGAGCCUGCGCCGCGGCUUUGCAACAAAGACCCGUUUGCUCUGAAGUCUCUGUCGUACCUGGCUAAAAUCUUUCCUAAAGCCAAAUUCGUGCUCAUGCUGAGAGACGGACGAGCGGCCGUCCACUCCAUGAUAUCACGCAAGGUGACCAUCUCUGGCUUCGACCUGACCAGCUACAGAGACUGUCUGACCAAGUGGAGCAGCGCGGUGGAGACCAUGUUCAGCCAGUGUCAGUCGGCGGGCGGGCACCGCUGUCUGCCCGUUCACUACGAGCAACUCGUCCUGCGCCCGGAGGACGAAAUGAGGAAGUUGCUUCAGUUCCUGGACCUGCAGUGGGAUCCGUCGGUGCUGCACCACGAGGAGCUGAUUGGAAAAGCAGGCGGCGUUUCUCUGUCCAAGGUGGAGCGGUCCACAGACCAGGUGAUGAAGCCCGUGAACACAGACGCCCUGUCCACGUGGGUGGGCCACAUUCCCUCUGACGUGUUGAGCGACAUGGCAGAGAUCGCCCCCAUGUUGGCCCGUCUCGGUUACGACCCGUACGCCAACCCACCGAACUACACGAGAUCAGAGACGGAGGCGUCUCCUGUUAACUACCCACACGUGGGAGUCUGAAACGGCCACAUUCCAACCUCCUGUAAGUGGAGGAGACUAGGAAAGUGUGUUUGCCUGGUUCAGUGUUCCAUGACACCGACGGACCAUGAACCCACCGACCAGAUCACUGGUUGUUUUUUCAACAUCGCAUGAAGAGUUUAAAACUCCCUGUGGGAACUGAGCCUCGAGGACCGGAGUGAGGUGAUGUCUGCCGCGGGUUCACAUUCCAGGAGGUUCGAUGACCGGUCUGAGCCAUCGA